ACCCUCCCAGGGCGCCUGAGAGCCUGGUUUCGCGUGGGAGAAGGGAAGAGGAGGUGUGAGGCAGCGGCGGGGCCCGGGGCUGGGCUGCAGCCGGGCGCGGGGAGCGGGCUCGCUCGCUGCCGGCCCCCGCGGGGCGCAGGCAGGAGGAAAGGGGUUAAGUUCCGCCAGCCCCUUCGGGGAGGGGUGGCGGCGGGGGCGCUGCCGGAGGGGCUGCGGCGGCUCAGGUUGAUUUGGAGUGGGCGACGGCGGCCUGGCGCAGGCCCGCGGCGGAGGAAAAGCGGCUUAUAUCCCCCCCCCCCCGGUUGCCAUGGAGACGGGCGGGUGGCGGCGGCGGGGCUGUCAGUGAGGGAUCGCACCGGGCACCGGGGCGGCGGCGGAGGGGAGGCCGCGGAGGCGGCAGCGGCGGCGGAGGCAGCGGCAGACAUGGACUCGCACUGCGACUGUGCCGAGCCUCCGGCCGCCGAGCAGCCGUCGGGGAGGAUUAACAAAACCGCCUUCAAACUGUUCAAGAGGAGGAAAUCCGGGGGCACCAUGCCGAGCAUCUUCGGGGUGAGGAGCAAAGGCGGGGAGGGGAAGGGCGCCAGCAAAGCGGGGAUGGUGCGGAGCCGGACGCACGACGGCUUGGCCGACGCCGUGCUGGAGAGCAGCAAGAAGGAGGAACCGGGCGGCGGCGACCCGCAGAGCAAGGAGGCGCAGGGCCGGCCGGCCGGCAGCCUCGGCGUCUCCCCCGGCAGCUCGGUGGCCAAGUCGCACAGCUUCUUCUCCCUGCUGAGGAAGAACGGCAGGCCGGAGAACGGCAAGGCGGAGAGCGCGGAUCCGCGGGCUGGCGGCAGACAAAAGAAGGGGCUGAAAGGGCUCUUCAGCAGCAUGCGAUGGCAUAAAAAGGACAAAAAUGGCAAGGAGGAGAGGGGGGAAACCUCAGAGAUCCCGUCUGGUCUUAUUAUGCCGGGGUCCCUGACUGCCAGCCUGGAGUGCAUCAAGGAGGAGACGCCAAAACCUUUGUCUGAAACUCCGACCAGCGCAGGAGACACGGGGCUGGAACCGCCCGGGGAGAAGCGCAGCGGCGAGGCACAGGUCUCAGCUGAGGAGCCCGAAGCGGGAGCUGGGGAGUUGCAGGACAGCAGCCCCCCGCCCAGGGAGGCCUCUGCUGCUGCUGGAAGGCAACCCGAGGAGCUCGGCCACCAGCAACCGGACCCGAGCGCUGGAGAGGUUGGGACUGCGAAGGAUGCGGCCAUAACAGGUGACAUUCCAAUAACGACUAUCCCCCCUGUUGAACCUCACUGUGAUAGCGGUCAAGAGAUGGCAGCCGCCCCUGACCCUUCCUCUGUUGAUCCACCCUCAGAGCAAUCGAUUGAUCGUAUUUGUUUGAUGUUUGCUGACGUGACUUCACUGAAAAGCUUUGACUCUCUUACAGGCUGCGGAGAUAUUAUUGCGGACCAUGAGGAGGAUGUGGGCGGCGGGAGUGGCGGCUGUGAGAAGAGCACCCCUGGGCCCAGCAAGCUGGGUCCCUCCAAGAAGCAGCCCACCAUGGUGGCCUACCAGGGAGGAGGGGAGGAGAUGGCCAGCCCGGACCAGGUGGAUGACACCUAUCUGCAGGAGUUCUGGGAUAUGCUGUCGCAGACAGAGGAGACCCAGGCAGAAGGAGGAGGAGGAGGUGGAGGAGGGGUAAAGAAGCCUGAGGGGUUGAAGGAGAACCGAGGUACCGAGGGGGCCCAGAACAGGGUGGCGGCAAAACGUGGUGGCCUCCGCCAGAUCCCAGUUCACCUCAGCCACAAAGAGGAGCAGAAGGGCAGAGAGAAGGAACAACAUGAAGGCGUCCCAAACAGUGACGAGGGCUACUGGGAUUCUACCACCCCUGGUCCUGAGGAAGAUGGCUCCACAAGCAUCCAGAAGGAGACCAUUCCCAGGGACAGCUACAGCGGGGAUGCUCUCUACGACCUCUACACUGAGCCAGAUGAGAACCCACCAGCAGGGCCUACGGAUGAAGAGGUCACCUGCGUGCCACGCUCCAAGCCCGUGUCUCCAAUAACGACCACGUGCUCACUGAAGACACCCUCAAGCACAAUGAAGGACUCCAAGAUACCCAUCAGCAUUAAACACCUUUCGUCGCAUCCUGCCAGCCAUGGAACAGAUGCCAGUAACAGCCAUCAUGUUGCACACCAUCACCUGGCCAAAAGUGAGAUGCACAGAACAAAAAUCCCCGUCUCUAAAGUCCUGGUACGCCGGGUCAGUAACAGGGGCUUAGCAGGGACAACAGUGAAAGCAGCCAUGUACCACGACAGUGCCAAAAAGUAGUUGAAUAAGAGGUGGAGACAAAGAUGGACAGUAAGGUCAGCAUGUGAAAGUCUGCACAGGAGAUCACAGAUAACGAAUUAGUUUUGCGUCACCUGAAGAAAGGCACCUAAAAGACUUCCUUCACUGUACUUUGUGGGCCUGCACUUCUGAAUACCUUCUUACUAGACUGUAUGGCUGAAUAUAAAAAGUUGACUUCUUUUCCAGCACUUUUUUUACAUUUGUAUCUUUUUUCUGCAGCACUAAACACUGGGGAGGUUCAUUUUUACAUGCCUUUUUGGAACUUGGAUUAUGAACCAUGCAUCCUCACGCAAAGCAGUGCCACGAGUUCUUCAAGAGAACAGAGUUACGAAGGGAACAACAUGAGAGGUUCUCCAAUACACUUUUAAUCGUUUCCAGGGGAGGAGUGGAGGGUGGAUGCCUGGCUUCAAAAAUGGUGUUUGCUCUACAAGAUGUUGGAAAAAAUGCCAAGCAAAACCCAACCAACCUAACAGGUAUUUUACCUGCUGUAGGAACGAGAGCACUGCUCAGCAGCAGACUUGAUUGACUUGUGUGCAGUAGCUAACUAAGGAGUUAGGUGGACUUGUCUAACAGGAAAACGUAUUUUUGUUUGUCUGAUUGGUUUUGAUCUGGUCUAAUGUAAAUGGGUAACAGAGACACCUGACAUAAGUUCAGAUGUUUACAUCAAUACUUUUCCGAUAAUGUAUACAAUCAGGUUCAGGGAAACAAUUUACUAAAUGCCAAUAUAUACACACCGUUCACAUUUAUACAAUAACUUGCUCGCCAUGUGUAAAUAUAUACAUAUUUUAGCAGAUUUACUUCAAUGCUACAGAUUUUUUAUAUAAAAAAAUAAAUCACCUGUCUGUAUUAUCUAGAGUUUAAACAAGAGUUAGUUUUUAUAGGUAGAUAAUUUUACAGUUCUAAAGUGAUAGAACUUUGUGUAAGUACCUUAAUUUAGAGCAAAACUCUGUUUUGUAUGAGCUCAUGCAUCCCCAGAUGAGUAAGUCUGAAGUGCUGAUUUUAUUCUGGUGGCAUAUUCCAUGGUUCAGAGCUGAGGUUCUGACAGCAUUGCCACUGCAAACCUCUAUUUUCAGGGGUUUAGACAAAGUUGCUCUGGGCUUAAAUCUUACAGAGAAGGAACCCAGGAAAGAACAUGUUUUUUAAUUAUUAUUUUUUAAAAUAUAUAAGAUUAGUUUUUGACUAUUUAAAGAAAGUUUGGGUUCUCGUUGGUUUUUAUUUUCACUCUUAAUAAUGUCAGAAUAAUUUUACUUUAAGAGAGAAAAAGAAAUAUGGUAAGCUAAUGAUACAUAAAAUGGUCUGAUAAGCUUGGAUCUUAUGAGAAAUGGAUUAAUGGCCAGGAAGUUUUUGAAUAGUGGCUAGUGUACAUGGGCAUUGACACCAUUUCAAAUAAAUUUAAUAGGGUUUUAAUGUGCCUGAGGACAUAUUUUUAUGAUACACUGAAAAAGCUCCAAAAAUCACAGAAGUCUAAAGGUAAAUGUUAUGUAUUUACAAAAUAUUUUGAUAUAAGUAUUUAAUCAUCAGACCACAGUUAAUAUAAAAUAUAUGCUCCAGUGUAUCCAAAAAAUAAUAUACAUUUUAAAAAUAUACAUGUCUAUAUUAUGCAGAGAAUCCUAAAUUCAUGUCAUUGAAGCUAAUGGGUCUGAUCUUACAUAACAGUUGGUUUUAUUGUCUCUUAAAUUGAAAGGAAAAAAAAAGAUAUAUACAGAAUAUACAUUUGAAGGAUAUUAAGGUUAUAGAUUAACCAUAAAAAGCCAGGAAAUGCUGUAAUAAGAGUUGUAUAUGUGUGUGGUUCACUGGGGAAAUUACCUUAUAGUCACAAGGGUAAAAUUGGUAUCUAGUUCUGAAAUGACUGCAGGAUUUAAUACCAAACUGCAACAGCCCAGUGAAUGAGGAGAAAGUGUCAGUUUUCCUGAUCAGUUUUCAUGGUUUGAAUAAGAACCUUAAUAUACUUCAAAUAAUAAUAUUUUAUAUGUUUUCUUUCUAACGUGUAUGUGUGUGGUUUUCUACAUGCCUGCUCACAUAGAGGUGUUGUACAUAUGCAUGUGUAGUCAGAACGCGCCUCCUCCUGGGCUGUGUGCCCCUGGGCAAAGGCGCACACCCAUGCACACUCGUGUGAACACACUCAUGCACACUCGUGUGAACACAGCCGUGUGCGCACGCUCCCGCGCGGGCUGAGGCGAUGUGCUGUCGAUCUAUCUCAACACGCUGGCAGCGAUUUCCUUUGCCUGAGGAAGGGAUUUGCAUUUGGCCUGAUUCUGCUUCUGCAUUUUAGAAAGUUAAAGCUGAAAUACCGUCAAAAGGAUCAAUGUACAGAACACAGACUAUUAUCCUGUUCCUCAGCCCUAAGCUUAACAUUCAUUUUUUUCUGUUCUUUUGUUUUCUCUUACUGUAAGGGACACAUCUUUCCUUGCAUGACAAGUCUGCAGAAAAAUCCUAAUUCCCCAUUUUGUUAUAAGGAAAAAUUGUGCAGAGAGAUUCUGUAGGAAGUUGAGAGGGAAGGAGGAUGUGGUGAGCUUGGGGUAGUACCAUACAAACUGGAAGCACUGAGUACAGGUAGUAAGAGCUGUGCAUCCUUAAAACCACUAAAAGAUAUCAGCUACCAUCUCUACGGGACUUGUGUGUGGCAAAUUGUUAAUCGUAUGCAUUUUGUUUGCAUUGUGGCAUGUCUGUAUUGAGAAACCAAUAGAGUGGCACUAGACUAGCUCCCUCUCACAUAACGACUAACACGAAUCAUCAUUAAAAUGCUUUGGCUUCCCUUCAUUUUUCUCUCUCUCCUUUGUUUUCUGCCCCAUUUUUCCUCUGUCCUCUGCAUGCUGGCGGGUGGCUUCCCCCCGGUGCUCACCCCAAAGCGUGGGGCGGGAGGGCGGCCACGCUGCUGCCAAGGCCAGGGGCUCCCCGGUCGCUCCUUCGAGCUUCCUAUUGCGUACCCCAUGUAAGUACCUUUUGCAAAUCUCUUGGUGGUUCGUUGGGCUGCUUGCUAUGUACAUAUUUUAAGGACAAUCAUAUCCUUAAAAGGAAAAUGGGAAAGUAGCUCGUAGUAAGGCGUCAGUAUUUUGAGUCAUUGCGACAUACUGACGUUGAUUCAGGGUAAUUGUUGUGUGAGAGUAAAAAUACAAUUUAAUGCUCAAAUUAACUUUGUAUUUAUAAAACUCAUUUUUGUCUUUAAGCCAUCUAUGUUUUUUAUUUUGGACAGUAAUAGAAAAUUUCAUAUUUACUAGGGCUUUCAAUUUUCAUAGAGAUAUAUGUAUAAAUCCACACAAUGCCUGAAACAAUCAUUUGAAGAAGGUUCAAAGGCUUUCUUUAGACCUAUAUUUAAUUCCUGAAAGAUCCCUGUAAGAUACUGUGAGAUGCCUAAGAACAAACAGUCAAUGGCUUGCUGGAUUUAAAGGCUGAGAUGUAAAGAGGUAAUAGUCCUGAGGCAUUCUGUGGUGGUUUGCAUUGUUAUUUAUGUUACCCUGUUCAAGCAUAUCUUUUCCUUGGCUUUGGUAGGAAUCAAGGUAGAAAUGGUGUUCUGAGUCCCAAAGAUAACAUUCCCAAUGCUGUCACCGUUUUAUUUUCUUAAAGGAUACUUUUCUUAAUUUGUUUUAUUUGUUAUUUUGUGGUCUGAAUGAUACUUUGUAAUUAUCAGCUUGUAUGUCAUUCAUAAAGGAUUUUGUAGAUCAGGACUUGGCAUUUAGUUAUAUUUAUUCUUUGCACUUUCAGGUCACUACUGGUAAAUUUUAUAUGUUCUUAGAGUAUUUCUAUAUAUUGCAUAGUGUUUUAUAGCUAUCUACAGUGAUUUCAGUGGUAUUCAUUCCUAUCCUAUAUAUCAGCACAAAAGAUUUCCUUUCAGUAGCAUGAAAUGAUGUUUUUGUGGACUUCUUUUGUCAUUAUAGGAGUUAAAUUUCCUGUACUAUAUGUGUGGCCUGCAACAGACAUAACAGGUCUUAUUUUCCCUGUAGUGCAUAUGCAUUUUGCUCUUACCAGUAAUUGGACUCAAAGACAUGUAGUAGAUUUCAGAAGAAAUUCCAUUAUUAGAAUAAGAAAAAACUGUGUUCGGUCUUAUUCCAUCAACCACCAGCAUUUUCUUCACCCACUGUGAAUAUCCUCACUGUCAUUCAGGGCAGUAGAGGACUGAAUUUUAAGAAUUACAAGCAUAGAUGUACAGUAUGGAAAUUAAUUCACUGAUUAUUUUUUAAUGAAUCUUACUAAAUUAUUUAUCUAAGCUAAGCGAAUAUUGCACCAAAGUCUUCAAAACACCUGAUACAGAUGGUAUUUGUAGUUAGAUGCUAUAAAUGCAGAUGAGCCAAAUUAACAGGCUUUGCUUAGCAAAGCAAACCUUUGUUGUUUCUUAAAUUUGUAGUACUGCCUGAGCUUCCAGAUCAAAGGGAGUCAAUGAUUCUGCUUUGUUGCCAUGCUCAGAGUUGGUUUUUUUUUCCAAGUCUAAUGGACUACUUUCAGAAAAGGCUUUUCAGCAAGAUAAUUGUAUGAAAGAGACAGUUGACAGUAACAAUAGCCACUUACGAGGCAGAUGGUUAUCUAACAGCCACAAUGGGGGAGUCUAAGCAAGGUGGCCUGAAAAUGUAUUUUCAUAGUUACUGAUAUGAAAGACUGAGGCUUCUGUCUUGGAAAAACAAAUUGACACUGACUCAAAGAUGCUGCAGAGUCUUGGCAUAGUUGACAUGUGACAGCUCCUCCAGGGUUUGGGGUUUUGAAAUUAUUUUAUUUUUAAUUCUGGCUUUUCCUUUUUUUUUUUUUCGCUUUUGCUUUGUUUAUUUCUUCAUUACAAUGACAUAACCCCACGUGUCUGAACAGAAUUGCACAACAACUGAUUCUUCUGAGAUUCAGUGCUGAGAGUACACUGUCAGUUGUCUUCAGUAGCCUGGGACUGGUUCCCACUGAACACCCUUCCCUUCCACUGAGGGAUGGGGCGGAUGGGAUAAUGGGAUUCCCUUGUCAUGAAUCCACGUGCUGUUUACUGUGAGCUGGAGGUAUCCAAGACUGCCUUGCUGUUUGUGUUCAGGGGACAGUUUAUUUUUAUUUUGACUCACAGGAAUUUUUUAGCUCAUCCUUAGCUCACAUCUUGUUUUCGUUGUGAGCAUCUCAGCUAGGAAAGCUCAACAUCGAUUUGGUGUUUCCCAGAUCCAUUCCAUGUAGAGAGAAAUGGAAGAACUUGUCAUAUGCAAAGGAAUAAGAGCUGUAACCACUUUAGCCACAUCCUGAGGGGGCUUUAUUCCUGCAAAAAGCAGGUUGUUAAAGCUCUUUUUGCCUUAGAGGGCUUCUCCUUCCAAGCCAGUGAGUAUUAUUGCCUGGGACCCCCCCUUUUUUUUUCUCUCUCUCAUUCCAUCUCAGCCAUACUGCAGUUGCUUGGGAAACUUGAGAUUUUUGUUCUAGUCUUCCAGUGCUAGAAAAGAAGAGCUGCUGCCAGUGUGCCAGGAGGUCUUUGCUCUUACUUCUUGGUCUUGAAAAAAUCAAUUCACCUUCAGAACAAGUGGCAAAGUUAUUUAAAAUGGAAAUCUCUGCUGUGUAAUCUCAUACAUGUGGGUGAGGAUGUUGAGUGAUAUUUUGCAUAGAGUGGAAUAUACCCCUCCAUUUUUCUGUUGAGGACAAUUGAGCAUAUCUAGCAGGGAAACAUAACACUCUUGUAGGAAAGCCCAGAAGCUGUUUGUUAUGGAGACUGUGCCCACAUUUUCUUUAUCUUUGGCAAGAACUGCUUUCCUUUUGUGCAUAUUUAAAUAAAGAGAAACAAAGUUUUAGUGGAGAGAGGAAUAUGUUAUGUACUUCACAGGGCAAGGAGUUUAAACUCCUAGGCUAAAAGACUUCUUGUAGCAAUGGCUAAAAGGCUUCUUGCAGCAGUGGCUAAAAUAAGAUUGCUUUGCCUACUUUAACAUCACAUCCAAGAAGUGCUCUGCAAUAGAUGCUUGUGCAGCUAUGGCCACAAAGUUAGAAAGCUGGCAUUUGCCAACACAAAGAUCUCUUUCCAAGGUCCAGUUCUGCUGUGGCAAAGCUUCCACUGACUCCAGCAAGAACUGACAAAGGUCCUUAAUCUCUUAUUCUUAAGGAAAUAGGAAGUGUUUCUUAAAUAAGUCUUCCCUUUUUUAAAAGAUGAACAUUAUUCAGGUGAUUGUGUAGUCUUUUGCAUUACUAUAGUAGUAAUUUCCCUGAUCUGAAUGCAAAACAUGUCUUUCCAUUGUUUUUCCAUCUUAACAAGCAGCCACUCCUGCACAUAACUCUGGUGCUCAGCAUGUUUAAAUUACAGCUAACGCAAUCACUGCCUUCCUUAAUUUAACUUGUGAUGGCAAAACCAGGACCAGAUCCUUUCCAAAGCACUAAACCCCCUGCCUAUUGUGUUGCUGUUCAUGUGUUUUUGAUACGGUAACUGAGGAUGCCUCCCUUUAAUUAUUGCGUAGCCAUGUUUUAAAUCUGUUUUUAGGACGAACAGUGUAUAGGGACUGAAUGGUAAGAUAUUUAAUAGAUUUUUGUUAUUUUGGAUGAUGUUGCAUCAAAAUAGUUGCUAUUUCAGUAUCAGGUUGUUUCCAUGGGCUUUUUAUGCAGAUGCACUGGAAGCUUUGAACAUAAUGUGCUCAUAAAACAAAAAUUGGCUACAUCUGCUUUGAGUUAAGCCUGACCUUAAAAUGUAACAGUUACACAUCUGGUGAUAUUUCUUGGUUAAUGGCAGCAAAGGGGAAGGCCUGCCCCAACUCACCUGCACCCCAUGGACUGGGGGAGCAAGGCACUGUCACCAGAAUAAUUUGCUGUCUGACCCUGCCCUGUGGUCCCAGCAGAGGACUGCGGGGUGUCAGCAUGUAGAGGUGUCGGACAGGUUGGAGAGCAGCAGGAAAAGCCAGGAUGGCAAAGCUGUGAUGGGAUGGGAGGGUUGGUAGGGUGGCUGGGAGAUGGGAUGAAAGCAAGGGACCUGUGGUGCUUAUGGAAGAAGAGAGUUAAACAUAUGCCUAUAAAAUCUGGCUCCUUUUAUUUUCUUGCAUUGAUGCUGGGAUUGCUGUGUCACACUGAGUUAGGAGCCAGACUGUGUGGGUCUGGCUGUGCUGAAGCCAGGGCUUGUGCCAGUGGCCUGCAGUGUGACUGUUCUCGUCAACACCUGAGCAGUCCCCAGUGCCCUCAUUUCUGAAGGCAGUUUUAGCAAAGAGACUUCUGCAAAUCCCCUGUAGCCCAGCACCAACGCAUGGCUUCUCAGUGAGCUUCCACCCUCAUUUUUUCGGGGGUGUGUGAAGACCCAAGCCCUUGGCAGGGUGGUGAGUACUGGCUGUACCAUUGCAGCCCAGGUCAAGGGGGAAGGGAGUGUAAGACACACUGUGCAGGCAGCAGCAGCACCAAGUCCUAGGUAGAGCACAAGUAACUUUCUGCAGCACGUGGCUCGAUAAAAGCAAUGUUAUCCUGCUUUUCGAAAGAAGGAAAAAGACCAGAGCUGUUGCUUUUGUGUAAAAUUGAAGUAAAGCCUCUGUCGUGGGACAGAUUGCAACAGCUAGACACUAUCUCAGUCCACAGUAUUCCCUCUGAAAUCAGUGGAUCUGUUAGUGGUGUCGGUUGUUAUUUAGAUUGAGCAAAGAUCCCAUAAUUUGGCACCGUCUGAAUUUUCCUUGCUACGUUUGUCAGCAGAGCCUGUCUCAGAAAAGCUCUAGUGUUGAGGCUUGUGGCCCUUUUGAAAUGGGAGAUAAGGUGUGAAUUUGGCUGGUGGAAAAUACAGAUUCAAUAAAUUCAGAAAACCCAGCAUGGCUUCAGUCUUUUGUCACAGCCCAACUCUGCUAAAUAGCACGGUGUGCCUGAGGAAAAUGCAGCAGGGACUGCUCCACACUGCAGCUGACAAACCGAUGCUCUCGGGGUUUCCUACAUGCUGAAAGGGACAGAUAUGUCCUGUUAGAAGUGGCUUAACUUGUUUCUGUAAGAAGUGUUAUAGCCGAUGGAUCACUGUUAAUUACAAUUUUCCCUUGUAUUUUUGUGUCAGCCACUUUUAGUAAGGUAGCACAUGACCUGUUCAAGGUAAUGAGCGAGUAAAGCCAGAACUCCCCGCUUUCUUAUCUCAAUGGUUUGCUAAUAAUCUAGUGAGUCUGUGUGCACCAACUUUUUCUUAGUGAAAGCUCACAACACUACGGGGGGUGUUUUCAUAACAGACUGUUAGACACACUCUGAUCCUUUCCACCUAUACGAACUUGGAUGAGUAUGUGUCUCCCUGAAUCACUGUAUUCUUGACGUAAUUACAACCUGAUAGCAAUAGAUGUCUUUUUUCCCUGGCAGUUCACAAGGAUAUAUUAAUCAGUGUUUAUUAUAUUUUUAAUUCUGUAAAUAUUUAUUUUGGUACUCUGUGUAUUUAUUGGCACUGAUUCUGGUGUUUGCUAAUGUGUCAUUGUAAAUGUUGAUGGUUUCAAUAGUCUUGCUUCUAAUGAAUGUAAGGAACUCAGACUAACUGCACUUUUCUUCCAUUCAAAAAUCUUACAGUGAAAAAUAUUCCCACUGUCAUAUUAUGUGUUAUAAUGAAUCCGGUUAAUAAAAUCAGUUGUCACUUUUCA